ACCGGCGUUGCAGCAUCAGCCUCCGUUCACAAUCCACCCUCCCUCGAUAGUGCGCUGUACGUAGACUAGCUGGUCGACUGACAGUGUCAUACAGCACGCAGCCCAUCUAUAGGCGGAUGAGCGGCUCAACCUCCGUAUUAAAAGCCUGUCGGGUGAUGAUACACAGUCUGCGUUGAAAGGAUUUUGUCGAUGAGGAAAACACCGUCACAUGGGGUCAACGCGAUCGCUUCCUGCAUCGCGCCACCGCUCCGCUUUUGCGCGUUCGUGUCGUUAACAUUUCCGCCGCUAUAGAUGUCGCAUAGUAUUCAAUUGCAAUGAUAAGCAAAGUUAAGAACGCCAUGUCCUCGCUGGUGGGCGGCAUCAUCCCGCACGGCCACCAUCAUCACCAGCAGCACGGAGCCGCGCAGAACGACGGCACGGACGCGCUACCGCCGCGCUUCCCGUACGGCAGACCCGACUUUCUGGACCUGACGCAGGAGCUGCUGCAGUACUCCACCGAGCACGCGUCCAGGCCGGUGAUCAUGCUCAAACGUGACAGCAGACUGCCGUGGAGGACGGGAUACGCCGAGGUGAUUAACGCUGGUAAGAGCAUGCUGAAUGAGGACCAGGCUGCCUGUGAGCUGCUUUAUGUGAGAAAGCUGAGCAGUAAACAGCAGCGUUGUUCAAUGUUACUGGAGGACAGUGGGGACACCACAGGCAUUCCCAUGCACUUCUGGGGUGUUUUCGAUGGACACGCCGGCUCCGGUGCGGCUCUCACGGCCUCCAAACUUCUCCAGCGUAUCAUCCGCGAUCGACUUUGCGAUGUCGCCCAUCUUCUUGAAAACCAGAACAGCCUGCCGCCGAUCUGCCUGGCCAAGAAUGGCAGCCCCUUCCAGGCGGAGGCAAAGAAAGGCGCCUGUCUGGAUGGAGAGGAGCAAGAUGGACUACCGGAUGAACCCCGGUUUCACAUGGAGAAGGACAUCAGUGUGGAGAGUCUGGUGAUGGGGAUCAUAGAGACUGCCUUCAAACAAAUGGAUGACCUGAUAGAGAAGGAGAAAGAGUCUUACAACAUUUCUGGGGGCUGUUGUGCUUUGGUUGCAAUUCACCUUUUGGGAAAACUAUAUGUAGCAAAUGCAGGUGACAGCAGAGCCAUAAUUGUCCGUAAUAAUGAGGUAAUCCCAAUGUCCAAUGAAUUCACACCUGAAAGUGAAAGACAACGGCUGCAGUACCUGGGAUUCCUUAAGCCUGAACUGCUUGGGAAUGAGUUUACACAUAUCGAGUUCCCAAGACGCAUUCAACACAAGGAGCUCGGCAAGAAGAUGCUGUUUAGAGACCACACGAUGACUGGCUGGGCAUAUAAGACAAUUGUGGAAGAUGAUUUGAAGUUUCCCCUGAUAUAUGGAGAAGGGAAAAAGGCUAGAGUCAUGGCCACUAUCGGUGUAACUCGUGGUUUAGGGGAUCAUGACCUGAAAGUUUAUAACUCAAACAUUCAUAUCAAACCCUUCCUGUCCUGCUGCCCAGAGGUGAAGGUGUAUAACAUCUCCGAGCACAAACACGGGCCUGAUGAUGUCUUGGUCAUGGGCAGUGAUGGACUGUGGGACGUCACGACUGAUAGAGAUGUUGCAGAUGCUAUAACAACUUUUCUGUCAGGUCGUGAGCACAACGACCCGUUGAGGUACACACUAGCAGCACAAGAUCUUCUGAUGCGGUCGCGUGGAGUUCUCAAAGAGCGAGGGUGGCGACUACCCAAUGAAAGACUUGGCUCAGGCGAUGACAUCACAGUGUUUGUCAUUCCAUUGGCCGGGUCAGAGUUAGAAACAUGACGGGCUGGGCCUACCUUCACCGGACAAGCACACCAGGACACGUCCCUGGCUCCAUCCCAGAGAAAGGGCUAGGAAACCGAAAAGUUCAUUUUCAUCAUUCCGGGCUCGGAUUUGUCGCAGCUUCUCCCUUUUCUCCUCCGAGUCACUCUUCAUCAUUAAUAUCGUCAAGCCCAUGUCAGGUGUGGGAUGACAUCAUCAAGUGCCAUUCCUCUGUCUUUCCAUCUUGUCGUACGCUCAGAAAGUCUGUACUGGAGGGCUUGUAACGGUUAAGUAAUGGGCUGUUUGUCCAAUACUGCUAAAAAAAUCAAAAGGGAAAAUAAAAACAUAAGCACUUUAUAUGUAGCGAAAACCAUCUGAGCUGUAAUUUAAACUGCUGAUCAUCUUUUGUCAAUGUCCUUUCCAAAGAAUGUUUCUGUUGACUGAAUCUAAAGUUUUCUUUAGCAAUCAACAAAAAAAGAUGGGCAUUUAUUUUUGAAUGCAAUUUAUUUCCGGUUUACGUUUCAAACAGGCCUCAUUUACGUAGGCAAUAUGUCUAUAUUCUAGAAAAAAAACACAUUAGCAUUAAAGUCAACAUGAAAUCACAAUUCACACUUUCUGAAUACUUGCUCAAGGACUCAAUUCAUCUAUGCACGCUAUUAUAAAGAAAAAGAAAAAGUAACUUUCUGAAAUAACAUUUCAGUUUAAUGGGUAUUCAAGCAAUGGAAAUACAGCCUUCAUCAGUAAUAAUGCAGUAAUUUAAUAUAAUAUAGAUUGCACCAAUAACAGCAAACAACUUUUAGGAAUAAAGCGCUCAUCCACAAUUCAAAUUCAUUCAAUUCAAUCCAUUGAAUAAAAUCAAGCCGUGCACUUCAUAUUUGUAUGAAAUCUUGUAUAACUUAUAACAAUCUGUCCAACGGCAUUUCAUGUUGACUUUAAGCCAGAAACAUACAGACUGGUAUCAACCUUGCUUCUUUACGACUAUUUAACAAGAUAAUUUUCUCAGAACCACCACCAAGUCAUGUACAAAUAACUAAAAGAUAGUUAUCUGGGUUUUACUGGUGAAUAGACAUUGAUUGAUAUUAUACCCAACUGAACUGAUUGCUUGCUCUGCUUUAGAUUUAAUCAUAGUCGCUAAAUGCCCAAUUUCUUUGUUGUAAAUAAAACAUUUUGUCGGUAAAAAAACUCCAUUCCAACAACCAUUUAGAUCCCGACCUGAAACUGAGAAACCUGAACGUAGUUUCAUCGAUCAUUUUGGUCUUUUUUACACCUUGAAUGUAUCAUAUUUCCUUUACUUGAUGUUAGUAUUGUGUCUGUGUCGUGUGUGUAUAUAUAUGCAGUAUAUAUAUAUUGAUUUCUGCCUUUAAAUGAUGGUUCAUUGUCAAAAGAUUACUCUUUGCAAAUUAUUAUGUGACCAUUCUAAAUAAAUCUAUCCUUUUUACAA